AUGAAUGAGACCCCAACACGGAUGGAGUCGGACCCCCAUGUUAGGAAAAAGUUACAGAAACUUGAGGGAUUUGAAGGGAUGCCCUUCAUCCAGCUAAUAGAGAUAGCACAGAAGGUUUUCAACAACAGGGAGACCCUACAAGAAGCCACAAAUAAAAAGAUGACUAAAGGUUUGGAAUUGCUUGCUUAUGGACAUACAUCUUGGAAGCAGUGUAAAGAAGUCUUCCUUUGUACUGCAGAAGGUAAUGUGAAUGUGAAAGAAACAGAAACACACCACGAUGUUCAGAUCCAUGAAAAAUAUUGCAGUGGAGGGAAACCCUACGUAUGUAAGCAAUGUGGGAAAGUUUUUAAAACAUGUGCAUAUUGUAAGGUUCAUGUAAGAAUUCACACUGGAGAGAAACCCUAUGUGUGUAAGCAAUGUGGGAAAGCUUUUAACACACGUGCAAAUUGUAAGGUUCAUGAAAGAAUUCACACUGGAGAGAAACCCUAUGUGUGUAAGCAAUGUGGAAAAGGUUUCAUCCAACCUGGAAAUUGUAAGGAACAUGAAAGAAUUCACACUGGAGAGAAAAAAUAUAUGUGUCUGCAAUGUGGAAAGGUAUUCACCAGAUCUAAAUAUUGUAAGGAACAUGAAAGAAUUCACACUGGAGAGAAACCCUAUGUAUGUAAGCAAUGUGGGAAAGCUUUUACCAGACCUGAAUGUUGUAAGCAACAUGAAAGUAUUCACACUGGAGAGAAACCCUAUGUAUGUAAGCAAUGUGGGAAAGCUUUUAACACACAUGCAAGUUGUAAGGUUCAUGAAAGAAUUCACACUGGAGAGAAACUCUAUGUAUGUAAGCAAUGUGGGAAAGCUUUUACCAGACCUGGACGUUGUAAGGAACAUGAAAGAAUUCACACUGGAAAGAAACCCUAUGUAUGUAAGGAAUGUGGGAAAGCUUUUAUGAGACCUGAAUGUUGUAAGAAACAUGAAAGAAUUCACACUGGAGAGAAACCCUAUGUAUGUAAGCAAUGUGGGAAAGCUUUUACCAGACCUGGACGUUGUAAGGAACAUGAAAGAAUUCACACUGGAGAGAAACCCUAUGUAUGUAAGCAAUGUGGGAAAGCUUUUACCAGACCUGGAUGUUGUAAGGAACAUGAAAGAAUUCACACUGGAGAGAAACCCUAUGUAUGUAAGCAAUGUGGGAAAGCUUUUACCAAACCUGGACGUUGUAAGGAACAUGAAAGAAUUCACACUGGAGAGAAACCAUAUGUAUGUAAGCAAUGUGGGAAAGCUUUUAACACACGUGCACAUUGUAAGGUUCAUGAAAGAAUUCACAUGGGAGAGAAACCAUAUGUGUUUAAGCAAUGUGGGAAAGCUUUUAAAACACAGGGAGAUUGUAAGAAACAUGAAAGUUCACAUUCAAUAUAAAACCAGUAUAUAUAGGCAUCAUGAGAAUGGUUUCACCACAUGUACAUAUUGCAUAAUGCAUGAAAAUCUUCACACUGGGCAGAAAACAUACAUAUGUAAGGAAUAUGGGAAAGGUUUCAGCAGAAAUGCUCAUUAUCCAAUAUAUUAUAAAAUUUACAUGGUUGAGAAACUCUGUGUGUAUGUGAAGAAUGUGGGAAAGCUUUCACCACACAUGGAUUUUGUAAAAUACAUCUAUGACUUCACACUGGUGAGAAAGCCUAUGUAUAUAACAAUGUGGCAAAGUUUUUACUGCAUAUAGUCAUUGCAAAACACAUGAAAGAUUUCACACUGGGAAGAACAACUGGCUACAUAAGCAAGUGGAGACACUUUCAGCAGCCAGAUUGUAAGUGAAAUACAUGAAAAAAAAACUCACACAAGAGAUAAAUCCUAUGUGCUAUGGGAAUACUCUCAGCACACAUGAUUAUUGUUACAUAUCUGAAAGAGCUCACUGGGCAGAGAUCCUAUGUGGAUUAACAAUGUGAGAAAU